GCCAUUCUUCCAGGUUUUCUUCCUGUCCAAGAAAUCUGACAUGCUGUUUUUCAUGGUAUUUUCAAACUGGAAGAUCGAGACAGAAACUUUGGUCAUCAGGAAUGCAGAGAUUGCCCAAUGAAAUGACAGAAUUGAUUAUUAGGAUGCUUGUUACUCAAAAAGCCCAUUUUUUAAAGAAGGAUGUAUUAAAAUUAUUCCAGCAUGCUAAUGUGGCACACUCCUCUGCUGCCUAGCGGCAGGUGUUGCUAUUAGCAGAGGAAGCCUUGUUCUAAGAAUUAUUCUAGAGGGCCAGAAAGAACAGGUAUUGCUCCACCCGAGUAAACGCUGACUCAACUCUGCAGGGCUGGCGCGCUCUUUCCUCACCUCACCCCUCCUGCCAGGCACAACUGAGAUCCAGAAAUAACAGGAUUAGCGAGAGAAGGGGAAAUAUGCAGGACGGUGGUGAUGGGUAUGCACAAAGGAGUGCCAAGCAGUUUUAAUCGUUAAUGUUCUUCGUCUAUUGCUAGAGAAAAUGUCUUUCCUUGGAGGAGGCAUUGGCACGAGUUACUAUAAACUCCCUCUGAAUCUCAAGACUUCUGGGACGCCGAUUCCGCUCCUGGCCUGGGGCAGGGCGUGGAAGCUUGGAAGCCAGCGCUGCGCUCCCCGUGGGAAGCGAUCGCCUCCUCCGUCAACUCGCGCCUGGGCACUUAGCCCCUCCCGUUUCAGGGCGCCGCCUCUCCGGAUGGCAAACACUAUAAAGUGGCGGCGAAUAAGGUUCCUCCUGCUGCUCUCGGUUUAGUCCAAGAUCAGCGAUAUCACGCGUCCCCCGGAGCACCGCGUGCAGGAGCCAUGGCGCGGGAGCUAUACCACGAAGAGUUCGCCCGGGCGGGCAAGCAGGCGGGGCUGCAGGUCUGGAGGAUUGAGAAGCUGGAGCUGGUGCCCGUGCCCCAGAGCGCUCACGGCGACUUCUACGUCGGGGAUGCCUACCUGGUGCUGCACACGGCCAAGACGAGCCGAGGCUUCACCUACCGCCUGCACUUCUGGCUCGGAAAGGAGUGUUCCCAGGAUGAAAGCACAGCUGCUGCCAUCUUCACUGUUCAGAUGGAUGACUAUUUGGGUGGCAAGCCAGUGCAGAAUAGAGAACUUCAAGGAUAUGAGUCUAAUGACUUUGUUAGCUAUUUCAAAGGCGGUCUGAAAUACAAGGCUGGAGGCGUGGCAUCUGGAUUAAAUCAUGUUCUUACUAAUGACCUGACAGCCAAGAGGCUCCUACAUGUGAAGGGUCGUAGAGUGGUGAGAGCCACAGAAGUUCCCCUUAGCUGGGACAGUUUCAACAAGGGUGACUGCUUCAUCAUUGACCUUGGCACCGAAAUUUAUCAGUGGUGUGGUUCCUCGUGCAACAAAUAUGAACGUCUGAAGGCAAACCAGGUAGCUACUGGCAUUCGGUACAAUGAAAGGAAAGGAAGGUCUGAACUAAUUGUCGUGGAAGAAGGAAGUGAACCCUCAGAACUUAUAAAGGUCUUAGGGGAAAAGCCAGAGCUUCCAGAUGGAGGUGAUGAUGAUGACAUUAUAGCAGACAUAAGUAACAGGAAAAUGGCUAAACUAUACAUGGUUUCAGAUGCAAGUGGCUCCAUGAGAGUGACUGUGGUGGCAGAAGAAAACCCCUUCUCAAUGGCAAUGCUGCUGUCUGAAGAAUGCUUUAUUUUGGACCACGGGGCUGCAAAACAAAUUUUCGUAUGGAAAGGUAAAGAUGCUAAUCCCCAAGAGAGGAAGGCUGCAAUGAAGACAGCUGAAGAAUUUCUACAGCAAAUGAAUUAUUCCAAGAACACCCAAAUUCAAGUUCUUCCAGAAGGAGGUGAAACACCAAUCUUCAAACAGUUCUUUAAGGACUGGAGAGAUAAAGAUCAGAGUGAUGGCUUCGGGAAAGUUUAUGUCACAGAGAAAGUGGCUCAAAUAAAACAAAUUCCCUUUGAUGCCUCAAAAUUACACAGUUCUCCGCAGAUGGCAGCCCAGCACAAUAUGGUGGAUGAUGGUUCUGGCAAAGUGGAGAUUUGGCGUGUAGAAAACAACGGUAGGAUCCAAGUUGACCAAAACUCAUAUGGUGAAUUCUAUGGUGGUGACUGCUACAUCAUACUCUACACCUACCCCAGAGGACAGAUUAUCUACACGUGGCAAGGAGCAAAUGCCACACGAGAUGAGCUGACGACAUCUGCGUUCCUGACUGUUCAGUUGGAUCGGUCCCUCGGAGGACAGGCUGUGCAGAUCCGAGUCUCCGAAGGCAAAGAGCCUGUUCACCUACUGAGUUUGUUCAAAGACAAACCGCUCAUUAUUUACAAGAAUGGAACAUCAAAGAAAGGAGGUCAGGCACCUGCUCCCCCUACACGCCUCUUUCAAGUCCGGAGAAACCUGGCAUCUGUCACCAGAAUUGUGGAGGUUGAUGUUGAUGCAAAUUCACUGAAUUCUAACGAUGUUUUUGUCCUGAAACUGCCGCAAAAUAGUGGCUACAUCUGGGUAGGAAAAGGUGCUAGCCAGGAGGAGGAGAAAGGAGCAGAGUAUGUAGCAAGUGUCCUCAAGUGCAAAACUUUAAGGAUCCAAGAAGGCGAGGAGCCAGAGGAGUUCUGGAAUUCCCUUGGAGGGAAAAAAGACUACCAGACCUCACCACUACUGGAAACCCAGGCUGAAGACCAUCCACCUCGGCUUUAUGGCUGCUCUAACAAAACUGGAAGAUUUGUUAUUGAAGAGGUUCCAGGAGAGUUCACCCAGGAUGAUUUAGCAGAAGAUGAUGUCAUGUUACUAGAUGCUUGGGAACAGAUCCCGAAAAGGGAGGGCCUCAGAGAAAGUCCGGCUGCACCACUGCAGAUUCUCUACAGAUGCAGAUCUUCCCCUACAAAAGGCAGCUUUGCAGAGCUAUUUCUGUUUGCAAGUCCUCUGAACAGCCAUCUCGAAAUAUGUCAAAGAAGUGUAUUCGGAGAUAUUUAUUUGGAUUGGCAAAGAUGCUAAUGAAGUUGAGAAAAAAGAAUCUCUGAAGUCUGCCAAAAUGUACCUUGAGACAGACCCUUCUGGAAGAGACAAGAGGACACCAAUUGUCAUCAUAAAACAGGGCCAUGAGCCACCCACAUUCACAGGCUGGUUCCUGGGCUGGGAUUCCAGCAAGUGGUAAAUUGGUAUUUGUAAAAAGCAAACAAACAUUACAAGGCAGUUAUCUCAUUGCUGUUUUGGGAGAGGAACGGGAAAAGCUUUUUGCUUAUUUGUCUUUUGAAAAUUAAGGCUGGGCACGGUGGCUCACACCUGUAAUCCCAGCACUUUGGGAGGAUGAGGUAGGCAGAUCACUGGGGUUAGGAUUUCGAGACCAGCCUGGCCAACAUGGCGAAACCCCGCCUCUACUAAAAAUACAAAAAAAUUAGCUGGGCGUGGUGGUGCACGCCUGUAGUCCCUGCUACUUGGAAGGCUGAGACAGGAAAAUUGCUUGAACCCAGAAGGCUGAGGUUGCAGUGAGCCAGGAUUGUGCCACCACACUCCAGCCUGGGCAACAGAGACUCUGUCUCAAAAAAAAAAAAAAAUUAACCUCAACCAAAUGCCUAUUUUUUAAUGCUUAGUUUUGGCUUGAAAUUCUUCUUCAACUGGAGUUUUCUUACGUUAAUACAUUAAAAUAACCUGAAGGAAACUUUCGUUAUGGGCCAGUAUUAGCUCUUAGGGAAACUGAUUUAUAUCUUUUUUAUGACCUUUCAAAAGUAAAAUACUAUGCAUAAUCUAGAAAUAUUUGUCAGAUAGGAAAUUUUAUAAUGCAUUAGCCAUUAGUCAGAGUUGUUUUUUAACAUGCCAGAGAAAAAGUUGUAAUGCCUUGGAAAUUAUUCUCUUUUCUAUAGAUUGUGUUCAAAAGAUGUGUAUACUUGCAAUAAGGUUUAUGUUAAGGUGGCUUUAACAAUUGGUUGCUAUUUUCCUUCUUUAGUCAAUGUGACUUUGGUGCCAUUAACUGCUAAUUGUUAUUUUCUAAGAGGAAUUUUAUCUUUUUUUUAACCUUAUUAAAAGCCUUUGAAAACACA